CUGUGCUGAGCUGUUUGUGCCCCCGGGAACCAGAGCCCCAGGUAAAUUAUGUCAGCAGAACCUCCCAAACUACUGAAGACCCCCACCCAUCCAGCCUCUCUCCGUCUACCUGAUGGUGCCCGGGAAAGGAACUGUUCACCAUCUCCUAUGAGAGGGUACCUCAUCCCUAGCCCUUUGCCAACCCGACGGACUAGGACCUUUUCAGUGACUGUUGCAUCUGAGGGACCCAUCUACAAGGGUGUCUGUAAGUGCUUUUACCGUUCCAAGGGGCAUGGCUUCAUUACACCAGCAGAUGGUGGCCCUGACAUCUUCCUUCUUAUCUCUGAUGUGGAAGGAGAAUACAUGCCUAUGGAAGGAGAUGAAGUCACUUACAAGAUGUGUUCAAUCCCACCCAAGAAUGAGAAGCACCAGGCUGUGGAAGUUGUCAUCACUCACCUGGCACCAGGCACCAAACAUGAGACCUGGUCAGGACAUGUCAUCAGUUCCUAGGUGGCCUCCUGGUACCCCUGCUUCCUCUCUUCUCCCCAGCUUGGCUCUCCUGGAGGACACUGUUUUGGGAGGGGAGGUGGGACAAGUUUUGGGGACAGACAGAUGAGUUAUGAGUAAAUUUCAGCCAAGGGAUGGGAAGGGAGUGGGAACUCAAGGGUCAAAUUGUUAGAUGUGACUUAAUUGCUGAAGAAAGGAGAAAGGGGGGACCAGGGGCCAGGGGCAGGGGUGAGGGGGGAUGUGUUUUGAUGCCUUACCCCCUGAAAUGUAUUAAUUUUUUUAACAAGAGGAGGCUCAGUAGCUGAGUGGAGGAUUAAACUUUAAGCCCAAGAAGAUUUAGAAAGGGCAACCUUUUGGGAUGUGUUAUUUUCCUAACAUUCUGACUGGGCAACUGUUAGCUCCAGCUUCCACAUAGAUGGACCUGCUCCCUGUACCUGUAUGUGCCAGGGCCUUUACACCACCAGUUACAGCUCUGGGACAGAGGCCUAAGAAGGGGCCUAAUGGAUAGUUUGGAUUUUCUUCCCUGAGGCCCCAAUCCUAUAGUGACUCAGCUUGUCCCCUCUCAGUGUCCUUAGCUAGUCUUAGCCUUUGCCUUAGCCUUGAGCCAGGAUUACUGAUUAGUUAGAAUGGGGAUGACCUGAGGAUGAUGGAGACUUGGGAGAAGCAGUUGAGUUCAGGGAAUGAAUCUCUGGAUUCUUAAGAAGUUGUUUCAGUGCCUUUCUUGAGAGGGUACCAUCUAAGGGUGGGGAAGCAGGAGGGCCAACCAGCUGGCCAGAGGAGAGGGAUUGAUGGGAGAGAGAUUAGGCAGCCCAGCCCUUAUGUAACUCCCAGGAUCCCAUCUGGGUACUGUGGAGAGUUUCAGUCAUGCAAAGUUGUAAGACAGAAUCCCUCAUUCCUGCUGUAAAGCCUUACAUUUUUCUACUUUUGAGGCCCCAGUAUGAGGACAUCCCUGCUCUUAAUGAAGCCUUGGGCUUUGAUGCUUAGGUGCCAAGUUUGGGUCCAUCUCUCUGGUUUUUUGGCUGUUUUGUGCUCUGUUUGAACCAUUAUACUGUGGAAGGUGGUACAGUGAGGGCUCCUGUUUAGAACACAAAACCAUCUCUUAAGGUUUGUGCUGCAACGCUAGCUGACCGAGGGGGGUAAUUACUUGCUUUCUGACAACCUGAGUAAAGUGAACAUUUUAAACAUA